AUGGGAACUCAGUGUCCACCUUUGUGGAACAUCUGUGAAGCCUACUGCAGCAGAUCCUCUGGCCCCAUGGAGAGGGGAAACCAAACCAGCGUCUCAGAAUUCCUCCUCCUGGGACUGUCUGACUGGGCAGAGCAGCAGCAGCCUCUCUUCAUGCUGUUCCUCUGGAUGUACCUGCUUGGGGUCCUGGGGAGCCUGCUCAUUGUCCUGGCCAUCGGCUCCAGCCCACACCUGCACACCCCCAUGUACUUCUUCCUCACCAACCUCUCCCUGGCUGACAUCUGCUUCCUGUCCACCACUGUCCCCAAGAUGCUGGUCAACAUUCAGACGCACAACAAAUCCAUAUCUUAUGCUCACUGCCUGGUGCAAAUGUAUUUCUUUAUCCUGUUAGUAAGCCUGGACCACUUUCUCCUCACUGGGAUGGCAUAUGACCGCUAUGUGGCCAUAUGCUACCCCCUCCACUACACCACCAUCAUGAGCCCACGGCUCUGUGCCCUGAUAGUUGCUGGCUUCUUCUGUGACCUUUACCAGGUCCUAAAGCUUUCUUGUUCCAGCAUCCUCAUCAAUGAAGUGGUGGUGUUCGUCAUUGCAGUGGUGCUAGCUGUAGUUCCCCUCACUGGCCUCCUCUUCUCUUACACGCGCAUCAUCUCCACCAUAUCGAGAAUCCCAUCUGCCAGUGGAAAAUGUAAAGCUUUCAGCACCUGUGGCUCUCACCUGUCCGUGGUCUCUCUGUUCUAUGGCACUGCCCUUGGGGUCUACUUCAGCCCCCCGUCUCCCCAAACAGCCAGAAAGGGCUCGAUAGCAUCUGUGAUGUAUACUGUGGUCACCCCCGUGCUGAACCCUUUCAUCUACAGCCUGAGGAACAAGGACAUGAAACAGGCCCUGAGAAAUGUGUUCUGCAGGAAAAUUGUCUUCUCCCAGAUGCUGUGA